CCCCUCCUCCUCUAGUUCCCAAUCGACAACACCGACGCCUAACUCUCCUCCCUCUCUGUCUACCUCCUCUGCCUGCCUUGCCUCCUGUCGUCGACUACUUCGUCGUCUCCUGGGUCGCCGCCGACGGUGAUUUUGCUCGAGCUCCACCCUGACUCGCCUCCAGCCUCCCUCGCCACCUGUCUUGCCGCGAGCUUGACCCUGCGUCGUCUCUUUCGUCGAUUGUCUGUGAUUUUGCUCCAGCCUCGGUCGUCUCCUCUCUCUUCCUUCAGAUUCUGCAAUAUUAUCUCUCCCGUCAUCGCAGUCGCUGCCGCCACCGCCAGGGAUACUCAGAGCGUCUUAUGCUUGGCUUGUGGUCCUUUCCAAGAAUCCUAUCUCAAGACACUGCUGCAGAUUUGCUUCUUGGCUUCUCAUAUUUUAUCAGCCAGCUGAUUGUGCAGAAUUAUCCUUAGAGAAUGGCAAAUUACUAUGAUAUCGAUGACAUACUUAUAGAGGAAGAGUUUGUCCCAGUGUUAUUCCACAAAACAGCAAACAGAGUGACCAUCGAUCCCAGUGCAGAAACAAACUGUGUUGAACAAGGUGCAAAAGUGGAGUUGCCCUUCUGGCUUGCUCAUGAGCUGGUUCUGAGGCAAGUUUUAUCCAUCAAUAUUCCUGCCUGUUUCAACCAAAAGACAAGACUAGAAAUUCAGGCGGAUGCGGCUUGUGUGGAUCUAAAAUCCCGUUGUCCAUACUUCUAUGAGUUUGGUUGCAAGAUUGAGCCUCUGGUUAAUGAUAGAACCAUCGGAAUCUUGCUGUCAACUGCGUUUAAGAUCAGAUACAAGGAGAUACUGACAAAGGCAUACACUUCAGCUCAUGUAACAGCUUCCAAGUUCUUGUCACUUCUAACAAGAGAAGAAACUAACCUGUAUGAAGCAGCUCACUCGUCAGUGACAGCCUUCAAGAAGUGGCGGAUAGGCGGCCCUAGAUUCCAGAGAGCUUCAAUACUUGGAAGAAAACGCAAAGAAAACUAACCCUCUCUCAUACAUCUUUAGAUUUGAGUUGUUUAUGCCCACCAUUGUCAUAUUGCCUGGAGCCAUCUAUGCCCAUCAUCAUCAUCAUCAUCAUCAUCAUCAUCAUCAUCAUCAUCGUGAUGGAAGAUGCUGAUGAUGAUUCCAUCAUAUUCAUGUGAAAAUGAUGUUCCAAGGCAGGGACUCGAGUGAUGUUUAGAGGUGGGAAGAACAUUGAAUAAUUUAGAGGAUGGAACUCAGCAUAA